CGCGGAAGGACUGCGCAUGCGCUGGGGCUGCAGCUUCGGAAAGAUGGCGGAGGAAGAGCAAAGAAAAAAGAUCCCUUUGGUUCCAGAAAAUCUCCUGAAAAAGAGGAAGGCUUAUCAGGCCCUCAAAGCGACCCAGGCAAAGCGGGCACUUUUGGAAAAGAAGGAGCACAGGAAAGGAAAAGAUAUCAGGUUUAAGCGACUGGAAUGGUUCCUACACGAUGCGUGGAGGCAACAACGUGACAAGGUGCGCCUCAGACGGCUAGAAGUGAAACCUCACGGUUUGGAAGUGCCCGAUGAACAUUCCUUGGCCUUUGUUGUACGCAUCCAAAGGAUCAGAGGGGUGAGCGUAAUGGUACAGAAAACCAUUGCAAGGCUUCGCCUGAAGAAGAUUUUCAGUGGUGUCUUUGUCAGAGUGACCCCCCAGACCAUAAAAACGCUGCGUAUAGUGGAACCUUAUGUGACCUGGGGAUUUCCAAAUCUGAAGUCUGUCCGGGAGCUCAUCUUGAAACGUGGACAAGCCAAGGUCAAGAAUAAAGUCAUCCCUUUGACAGACAACACAGUGAUUGAGGAGCAUCUGGGGAAGUUUGGUGUCAUUUGCUUGGAAGACCUCAUUCAUGAAAUCGCCUUCCCGGGGAAGAAUUUCCAGGCAAUCUCCGGGUUCCUGUGCCCUUUCCAUCUCUCAGUGGCCCGUCACGCUCCCAAGAAUAGAGUGGGCUUCCUCAAGGAGGUGGGCCUCCCUGGUUAUCGAGGUGAACGCAUCAACCAGCUCAUCCGGCAGCUGAACUAGACCCAGAAUACCUGAAAGCACACUGCAUUGGAAGCAUGUGUUUUUGUAUUUUGGAAUUAUCCAGUAUCUUCAGAGAAGAUGAUUUUCUGCUAUAGCUUCAGAAACCGGAGGGGAAGGGUCAGGGAAAAGAUGGUGAUGGUGUCCCACUUCCAAAGGAAAAGUCCAGUGUGUUUCCCACGUUGGCCACUGCUACCGCCUCUGAAAUCAGCCAAGGACUCAUGCCAUGGAGGAGAGGGGCCUGCGUCACAGAUAGGAGAUGUCCUUCGUCACAUCUUCUGUACCCAAGCAUGAACACAAGGCGGCAGUGGACCCAGCCCAGAGCAUUCCUGAACUUGGGGUUCCUAAUGCCUUGUUUUGGAAAGAACUUGAAAUACAUUUAGAAGAGCACAAAAACGGGGCUCAAUUGUCUCUGCUGUGUGUCUGUGGUCCAGCUUUUCAGUGACAGCUUUGAAAGCUCUCAGGCUUAGCUGGCUCUAAAUGUAUCUGGUGGCUUCCUGUCCUAGCUCAGGAUUUUCACCUAUUCUUGGAUUUGUGAGAAGGGGAGGACCAUUUCCCCAGAAAAACUUGCAUACACUCCAGUUUUUGCUUGAGGGUUUAGGGUGUUCAUAGACUCUUCUCAGGGACCCAUGCACCUUACAGGAGAAAGUCCUGCACUAUCAGGAUUGGUUGCCCAGGCCUGGCCUUACUAAUCUGGUUCCCUGUCCUGUGGAAGACCAAAGCUUACAACUCACCUUUUCCCUUCAAGUUAAUGGGUGUUUCCUGUUAGGAACACAGUGGUAGAGAGUGAGCCCCUAUACCAUCUUUAACUUGGGGUAUUGUCCCCCAUUUAUUUCUGCUGGGGCUUUAUGAUCAAUUUUCUGGUUUCCCUGAUCAGUCCUCUGCUUUAAGAACCCACAAUCAGGAAAAAAUGAACCAUUUUCUUGGUUUGGCAUGGAUGAAAUUGGCCCUGUUUGGUCUUUUAGGCCCUGGGCAAGCUUAGUUAUACCCUUUUGCAUAUUCUAGGCUGUAGGCCCCUCCGGAAGUAUUGCUCUCUCCUGCUUGUAAUGCUGUAAUAGACCAACAUUAGGACACGUGCUCCUGGGAUGUUACACUUGAGAAGGGUCUGGUCCUGCCUAUGUUGUCGUAAGUGAGCCUCUGUCAUUCAUUUGCCUCAACCUGUCAUCUAAGCAGUCGGUGAAGGUGUGCCAGGGCCAGGUUAAGACUUGAAAAUAUGCUUAGCCAAGUCGCCUGGUCCCUUAAGAUCAGCUUUGCUGCAGUUUUGGCUCAUUGGGCCCUCAAACAACUGAGUCAGUGUAACAAUGCCUCAAAGUGUGCCAGGUUAUGAGGUAAUUAAUUAGGUUGGUUGGCUCAGGAGUUACCCUGCCAGGAAUAGAUGUUACUCUUGCACUAGAGAGCAUUGUGAAAUCAGAUUACAGUGAUGUAUCAAAACUCAUGGGAAGAGAGCAUUGUGGAAGCCCAGAGUUUGUAUCCCAGAUAUGCCUUACACUAAAUAUGGGAAUAAGAUUUUCACUCUUGCCUGUAAAAUGGGGCUAAUGUAGUCUAGUCUGUCUGCCUCACAUGGUUGUUAAAAGGAUUAAGCAAAAUAAAUUUUUAAUUUAGAA